AUGGAGGUGGAGGAGGAGGGAAGACACUGUCCAAACUAUCGUGGGGGAGAGUGUGUUCCCGAGAGCGUCUUUGAUCGCGUAACUCUAUCGUUGCGCGGCGACCUCGAGCCUGAGCGGGACAGGCGUCUUCAACAGGCGGACACUGUCUUGAAGCUUCGAGCUGAGUUUGCCUUUGCUCAGCUUGAGAACGAGAGAGCUUUGACAUAUCUGCGUGACGAGCUAAGGGUAGCUCGUGUGGAUAUUGACCGGUCGCGGGCUGAGAUAACUGCUCUCCAGACCCUUGUUGAUGCCCACCAUCGGGAGCACAAGGCUUUCUGCGAGAUGCUUGAGCGCAAGGGCGUUCUUCAUCGGAAGAAGCAGCGUACUGAUGGUACGGCUUAA